AUGGAGAUGCCCAUCUGCCCACAGCAUCUUGGAGAGAUCGAUUGCUACCCUUGGUUUGAAGCCAACCCCAAGAUCUCUGCGACUGAUGCCAGAACCCAAGUCACCGGCAGCAGUACCUCCGACGACUGCUCCAGAGCUCCAUGCAUCGGUCGUUCACCAGUGCUAGAUGAACCCCAGGGUGAUGAGAUCCCAAGAUCACCGCCAGGUUGUGCGGAGAGGAAAAGGAAGCCUAGCACGGCUGGAGCUCGCUUGAUCACCGGCAAGUCUCAGGUACAUGUGCAUGCAUGUGGCAUUUGGUUUCCAUGGACUGUUCAUAGCUCCUUAUUGCUUCCACAUGACUUGUUGCAUGAGAUUGGCAAGAAAAAGCCUAAAGUAGAUGGCAAGAAAGCGUCGGAGCCGCCUGUCGAUGUCAUUCAUGUGCGAGCGAGGAGAGGCGAAGCGACUGAUAGCCACAGCCUCGCAGAAAGGGUCAGAAGGAAGAAGAUUAGUGAGAGGAUGGACGUGUUGCAAGGUCUUGUUCCUGGCUGCCACCAGAUGAAGGGAAAAGCACUCAUCCUGGAUGAGAUCAUCAACUAUGUGCGAUCGUUACAAAACCAAGUUGAGUUUCUCUCGACGAAGCUUGCUUUGCUGAGUCCCGUGUUACAUGACCUUGGUUACUUGAGUGGGCAACCAGAGGAUGAUAGCAGUUUUAGGAGACAAGAUCUGGAACAAGAACAAAGGUGUCUCGAUGAGAUGGAGUUCGACGACAUGUUGCUCUUUUCGGUAGAGAAUAUUGAAGAUCCUCUGUAAAACCUCGAAGCCACCCACAUCAAGCAUCAUCAACCACCAACAUACAGAUGAUCAAGCUACUCCAGUGACCAUUCUCAGAAUACUAUUCUCUCUCUCUCUCUCUCUUCCUGUGCGAGAUAAAACUUACUUCAUCUGCGAGGAAUGCUUCACAAAUUUAUGUACUCGGUGGGAUGAUGCUACACAAAUUCCCAAAACUUUACACUAUAGAAAAAAACCUAUUUAU